AUGGGGAAUUGGGGGGCGAUGUGGUGGCCGGUGGCGGCGGCACCUUGCCGGGGUUCUUGGGGAGGAAGAACCGCUUUACAGAGCUGCUCCUUCUAUAAUUUACAUGCACGUACCUUCUAUAGCAUAGAGCUAACUAUUGGUAACAUGAAACUCAAACCAUUACAAUGGCGUCUUCGAGAAAAAACUACUGCCGUGCCUCAAAAGGAUGCAACAGGUGUUAUGUUACUGUAUAAUCCAAUAAAUGAAAGAUCAGGAGAUUGGUUAUUAGGUUCUCUGGUCUACCAAAAAUUCUCAGAGUUGACCUUAUCCUUCUUCAUGAGGAGGGGCAAACUUGAUGCUGCCAAGUUAAGUUCCAUAAAGCCGUUGUCAUUGAUUAUUGCUGCCAUGUUAGGUUUCAUAGGAAUAUCAUCAUCAAGUUUUAGCGUUUUGCCUCCAUUUGUCCCAGUGCCUCGUAAAUCCCUGAGACCAUUCAUAUGGCCUGCUGCGAGCUCCAUAUCUGCCUCCCAGUUGCGGGUGAUGCUUCCCAAGAUCAAAGAGAACAGAACUGGAAUCGUCCCCCGGAGUUGGAAAAGGUUUCCAUUUCUGACCGGUGGUAGAGCCUUGCCACACGUUUUGCCGAGGAAAGCCAGGGCGUCCGUUCGGUUACGGUUCUUGAUCCGGGGAGGGACCGCCGCCGCCGAAGGCAAUGCAACCGGACCCGCAAGGCCCGGGCAGGGGGAAGGCGGGCGGCGCCAAUGCGCACGUGUGGCUGCCGCCGCCGGUGACGGCGGGUCGGGUGGGCGGCCGGCGUCGGUGCUGCCGCACAAGACGGACAACGUGCGCGACCACUACCGCAUCGGGAAGAAGCUGGGGCAGGGGCAGUUCGGCACCACGUACCAGUGCGUGGGCAAGGCGGACGGCGCCGAGUACGCGUGCAAGUCCAUCCCCAAGCGCAAGCUGCUGUGCCGCGAGGACUACGAGGACGUGUGGCGCGAGAUCCAGAUCAUGCACCACCUCUCCGAGCACCCCAACGUCGUUCGCAUCCGCGGCGCGUACGAGGACGCGCUCUUCGUCCACCUCGUCAUGGAGCUCUGCGCCGGCGGCGAGCUCUUCGACCGCAUCGUCGCCAAGGGCCACUACUCAGAGCGCGCCGCCGCGCAGCUCAUCAGGACGAUUGUCGGGGUGGUGCAGGGGUGCCACUCGCUCGGCGUCAUGCACCGGGACCUCAAGCCGGAGAAUUUCCUCUUCGCGAGCACCGCCGAGGAUGCCCCGCUCAAGGCCACUGAUUUUGGGCUCUCCGUGUUCUACAAACCCGGUGAUAAAUUUGCUGACGUUGUUGGGAGCCCCUAUUAUGUUGCCCCAGAGGUGCUUCAAAAAUGCUAUGGCCCAGAAGCUGAUGUAUGGAGUGCUGGAGUGAUUUUGUACAUUUUGCUAUGUGGUGUACCCCCAUUCUGGGCAGAGAGUGAAGCAGGGAUCUUCAGGCAGAUUUUACGAGGCAAACUUGAUUUGGAAUCUGAACCAUGGCCAAGUAUCUCUGAUAGCGCUAAAGAUCUAGUCCGUAAGAUGCUUACCCGGGAUCCUACGAAGAGAUUGACUGCUCAUGAGGUUCUAUGUCAUCCAUGGAUUGUUGAUGAUGCUGUUGCACCUGAUAAGCCUAUUGAUUCUGCUGUUUUGUCAAGGCUGAAAAACUUUUCUGCAAUGAACAAGCUCAAGAAGAUGGCAUUGAGGGUGAUUGCUGAAAGUCUAUCUGAGGAGGAGAUUGGGGGUUUAAAGGAGUUGUUCAAAAUGAUCGAUACUGACAACAGCGGGACGAUAACUUAUGAUGAACUGAAGGAUGGUCUGAAAAGGGUGGGCUCAGAUCUGAUGGAACCUGAAAUCCAGGCUUUGAUGGAUGCAGCUGAUAUUGACAACAGUGGAACCAUUGAUUAUGGAGAGUUCUUAGCGGCUACAUUGCACAUGAAUAAACUGGAGAGGGAGGAAAGCUUGGUGUCGGCAUUUGCAUUCUUCGAUAAGGACGGGAGUGGCUUCAUAACAAUCGAUGAGCUCUCACAAGCAUGCGAGCAGUUCGGUCUUUCUGAUGUUCAUCUUGAGGAUAUGAUCAAAGAUGUGGACCAGAACAAUGAUGGGCAAAUUGAUUAUAGUGAGUUUGCUGCGAUGAUGAGAAAGGGCAAUGCUGGUGGAGCAGGAAGGCGAACCAUGAGGAACAGCUUGCAUGUGAAUCUUGGUGAACUCUUGAAGCCCGCUGAGACCUAG